AAAGAAACCUUAUGAAUAGGGGUCUCUCGUCUUGGAAAUUGUCAUAAAACAUUCACGCUUCUUUCUUUUGCAAUCUCAUCGCUCUCCUUACAGUUUUUGAUUGAAUUAGUCAGCUACUUUCAUGGUUGAACUCGACAUCCAGAUCCCUUCCUCUUUUGAUCCAUUUGCUGAAGAUAUCAACUCAGGUGCCGCUGGGGCGAAAGAGUAUGUGCAUAUCCGUAUACAGCAAAGGAACGGAAAAAAGAGCCUUACAACAGUACAAGGACUGAAUAAGGAAUUCAGCUACGACAGGAUUCUCAAGGACCUGAAGAAGGAAUUUUGCUGCAAUGGUACCGUCGUGCAGGACAAAGUCUUGGGGAAAGUUAUUCAACUUCAAGGUGAUCAGCGCAAAAAUGUCUCUGAUUUCCUUGUGAAGGCUGGUAUUGCACAGAAGGACAAUAUCAAAGUACAUGGUUUUUAAGCACUUGAAUGUGUCGGACUUAGUAUCUUUGUGGUUAGCUAGUUGGUUUGUUUCAUUUUAAUUUGUCUGCAGUUCUUUUCUUUUACGGUUUGGUGGUAGUAUGUGAUUGAGACGAUGGAUUGUUGGAACCAUAUCUUUAUUAAUAAGAAUUUAAUUUUCGGAACCA